AUGACACCCCCGCCCUGCACCUGCCCAAACAAAAACGAUUACCUGUGCAUCAAACCGCGCGUGUGCAUUAAACAGCGCGAGAGAGCUGCCGCAGAAGUUGCGAGGGUGACGAACGAGGCCGCGGCGAGGGAGGCUAGGCUGGCGGCAGAGGCGGCGGAGGCUAGGCAAGCGGAGCAGGCGGCGGCGGCAGCGGCAGCCGCGGCAACGGCGGCGGCGGCUGCCGGGGCAAAGAAGGGGGAGGUGGAGGAAGAGGAUGAUGGUGAUGAUGGUGAUGAAGGGUUCCAGGAUGCCAUGGAUGUGGAGGAAGAGGUGAAGGAGAGGCCGAAGAGAGGGAGGAAAAUAGCCGCCAAGGUUGAGCUUCAGGAGGAGGAGGAGGAGGAACAAAGCCCCAAGAAGAACUCGAGGGCUUCGUCUAGGCGCAAGACCAUGAUGACACCCAUUGGCAAGACUGGCAAAGGCCUCCCCGCGAAAGAGGAAGCGGAGGAGCAGGAGCAGCAGGGGGAGGAGGAGGAACAGGUUCCCAAGAAGAAGGCGAGAACUUCGUCUAGGCGCAAGACCAUUCUGACACCCAUCGGCAGGGACCCGGCGACUAUGAAGGCGGCUAGGGAGGAGGCGGCAAGGCAGAUCAAAGACAGGCAGGAUGCCAAGACCGGCAAAGGCACUCCAGCGAAAGUGGAAGAGGAGAAGGAGGAAGAGGAAGAGGACAGCGGUAUGACGGAAAGGGAGAAGUCUCGCCAGAGAGCGGCGCAAUGGGCCAAGGAUGAGAAGGCGAGAAAGGCUCUGGAGGCAAAGAAAAAAAAGGCGGCGGCUGCUAAGGGCGAAUCAGCAGCACCGACACCGAAGAAGCGCGGAAGGCGCUGAAAUGUCGUGAGAGAAAAUACACACCCUGGGUAGGUGUCGCGGCAAUUCUGACAGUAACAGCUGACACUAGCGGCAGCCGCACGGCAGCUGUCCGGCCAAAGGCGAGAUCGUGCUUCCGCCACCUGUGGACACCAUCAUGCCGAAAAAGUUGUUUGCCGGCUGAGUUGUAAUAGUGGGGAACGAAGUGGACGCUGAAGAACACUGUUGGCUGCUCCACUGCUGCUGCUUGAGGCUGAACAACCGACGAUUCAGGUUGAUUGCUGUAGGUUAACAACACAGACAGACAGAAAUGUGUGUUUGUGCUGGUGUAGUACGCCCGGCGAAAGGAAUCGGUUUGGACCAGUCUAUUAAAGUCACCGCCACGGGCGCGAAAUAUGAUGCUGGGAGGGCUGCAGACGCGGACAGGAUGGCAGGGGAGGGCGGGUUCAAAACUGAAGCGGCAACGACUACGUCGAUGAUAAGGACCAAUUUUGGCACCGUGCAGAAGCAGAAUGAUGAGCUUCACGCGUAGGACAGCAGUGUCCGAGCAGUGUCCGAUCGACCGAUGUGUUGGGCAGAGGAGAAAAGAGGGCCAGGACGCUGAGGGGGGCGGUAUUUGCUCACGAACAGUGAGCGCUGUAGUAUUGUAGUAGAGAGGAGUUGUAAAUGACUUCACGUACGCUCUUGUUUUUUUUUUUAAGUGGAUUUAUGGGGAGCGGAUUGCGGGGUUUGAUGAGAUACGCCCAUGAAUGAGGCAAUCAGUCCAAUCAACCGCUUGCACGAAGUUCGGGACCAAUAAUGCGAUUCAUCGUCGAGAUUUUGAGAUUAGGUUCUCCAAAUAAGAAAGUAAGCGAGCCUCCACCUGAUUGUUUUAGGCGUAGGCAGUCAGAGCAAGUUAAAACACGCUGUGCCUGCUUGUUGCAACAUGCAGUGGUAGCCGGGGCGGACGCUUGAAGAUGAAACUCAUACCCGUCGCCGUGAUUUUGUGUGUGUUCCUUCGCGAUGUGUGCACACAGGUGACAUUUUGGAGCAUUGUUUUCCAUAGGGCAUAUGGAUGUGAAAAGAUCAUGUUGCUAACGUGUGGCACGAAUUUGAAGACGUACAGUAGAGUAGCUCAGGGGGAAAUGUUUCAGAGCAUUGGACUGGGUUUCGCACCAAGUGAUGUUGAGGAGGACCCCGCUCGUUUGGCGUGGAAGUCGGUGCUCAUGUGCGAACCCGGCAGAUGGGUUGCAUCGGGGCACGGCAAGCACGGCGUGCGUGAAAAGAUUUUGAUGGGAAUGUUGCGAGCUUGAUUUUUCUUGCGGAGCACUCUUGUCAUUGUUCACUCGAUGUUGAACGCGAUUCGGGCACAUGAGCUCGUCGUGAAGAACAAAAACGUUGUGAACAGCUUCGGUAUGUUGCCAGAC